AUGGCCUCCGAACCUUCUGAGGAUGCUAUUGCAAACUUUGUCAGCUUCACUAGCACCACCCGUGAACAAGCAGUCAACUUUUUGAAGGUUCCUUACCCCGCACCAAACACGUUCGCUGCCUUCCAAGGUUUUGCCAACAAUCUCGACUCACAAAAAGCUAUCAACGCUUACUUUGAAGAUCCAACAGGUCCACAUACAAGUGCAUCGGGCUGGCAGGAUGAAAGCAACUUAACUUCGCUCGGAUUCAGUCAGGAAGACAUUGGUCCCCGAUUGCCCGCGACUGCCCCUCCUACACGCCCUCCCUCCCGCGUAAACUUGCACGAUACAUCACAAAGCGCCGGAACCGACGAUUCUACAGCUGCGAAUACCCCAGGAAGCCCAGGCAGAACUGGAACUGAGCAAGGACUAACCUUGGCCGAACGCGAAGAACAAGAGCUACAACAGGCGGUGGCGAUGUCGCUGAACCAGGGGAUGGGCACUCAAGAAAGUGGAGUGACAGCCGCAGCUCCAGAAGGCCAGGCUCAGUUUGGAAAAGCGACCCGUGACCACUACGAUGAAGGCGCGUGGGCGAUGACCCUCUUCAAUGAAACGGCCCAGGAAGUUGUGAUCAGCCCGGAUCCCGAGGAUCGCAAGAAAGUAGGCGACGAGCCUGCAUUCAUUCGCCCGACACAGGACAAUCUCUUUAUUGGAGGAUUUCUCACCAUCAUCCACGAAAUCCCUCUCGCGCGCGAAGCGUUGCUACUGAGAAAUAAACUGCUCUUUGACUAUGGACAUGAUGCGCAAUGGUGGAAUGGACAACCGAUCAAUUUACCCAAGAUUGUGACUAUUCACGAAGGAACCGACGAUAGCGACUGGGAUGAUCCUAUCUAUGAAUCACAACGCCUGAUGGCAUUCUUGGAUUCGACACAGCGCGCUUUUGGAAGCAGUGAUGCCCUUUCGAACAUGAGGCCCAUACUUACGAACUCUCCUGAUUCCGAGGAAGCCGUAGCUCGAUUUUUGGAGACUUGGUUUUCUGCUGCAAUUCGGGCAGACCCUGAUAACCCGCUAUGUACAACUUUCAUGUCUCAUGCCUACAAAAGAUCUCCCUUCGACCCGGAGGACGAGCCAAUCUCCAGGGAACUUUUCGUCUUCGGGCCCGUUGUUGAACAGGCUCAUGGGCAGACUUUGUAUGAUGUCCUGGACUCGGCUAUUUGGAGCGAUAGGCCUGGGGAAGACCUAGAUGAGGUAUGGCUGGAACACGUAGGUGAAGUUCUCGUCAUGAAGCUUGACUCCCAUGAGGAUGCCAAGUCAGUGGACGUGAAAAUCCCGGCUGUGUUCUACCCCGACCGCUAUCUGAGCAGCUGCCAAGAGAUUGCGCGUGAGCUACGCGUGAGAAAACUGGAAGCCCAGGAGGCUUUAAUCAAGGUCCAACAACUGAUCGAUCACUUUCAAAUGCCGCUGACGCCUUGCGAUGGUCUUACAAAUCUGGAGAUAAUCGAAAAGACAGCAGAACGGAUACCCGUAGUUCUGAAGACGGCUAUCGCUGGCGGGUCUGAUGUGAUGUCCGCGGACGUGGCACGGGAGAGAGCAGAGCGUAUUCCACAGCAGUUGAAAGAUCUUGCUUUGCAAUUAGCAGAGAAGUUAAAGGAACUCGAGAUUAAAAAGCAGCAAGCAUUGGAAACCAUGCGAAAAUAUUCCAAGCUGCUGACUGAACCAUCGGAUUCACCCCAAGAGCCUCCGACCCACAAAUACACCCUGCGAGGUGUCUGUACUGAGCCACAUGUCACUUACGUUCUGAAACGCCGCGAAGAAACAGAUGCUCAACACCUAAUGGAUAUUGAUGAUGACAAAAAUAGUGACUACCAAUGGUGGCGGAUCAGCUUUUCCACUGAUGACGGAAAGACCCGACAAGCUGAAAAGCAAAAAGCAAAUGGUGAUCACGCGGCUACACAGAAUGGUGAUGUUGUGGGAUACACUGCCCGCAAGGUGCGUGAGAUUGAAGUUCUUGACGCAGCUCGCAGGGAAGGAAGAUCAGUUUUACUGGUGUACGCCAGCGACGAUGCAAUGGGUUUGAAGGUGGAACCUGCGCCCUCCCAGCUUCAGGCCUUCGUACAAAAAGACAAUGAGGCAUUUGCGGUCGAGUGCACUCAGAGUAGUGCUGCAGAAGACAGCGAGAAUCUCAUUGAUCUAAGUUCGGAUAUUAGCACAGGGCAGCAUCAGAAAAUGCAACAAUCUGCGGCAGCUCAGAAAGAGGCGAAUAAGAAUGCGAAUGUGAAUGUUUUCGACUACGAAGUGCAAAGGUUUGAGGGCGAGAAGCCGGAAGGUCAAGAAAUGCAGGAGAAGAGGGGAUCAAGACUUUUGACCUCUGGAUCUGGCGUGAAUAUUGCGGCUCCACAGCUGGCGCCUCAUAUUUUGGACAGCGAUGAGGGCUGGACUAACGCGGAGAGUGACGAAGAGAUGGCAGACCACGUUGAGCAUGUGCCCGCGAAAUGA